AUGUACUUUUUCCUGAACAACCUGGCCUUCCUAGACCUCAGUUAUGCUUCUGCCAUUACACCCAAGAUGCUGGUCAAUUUCUUAACAAGAAGGAAAACUAUCUCAUUUGCAGGAUGCAUCGUGCAAAUGUAUCUGUUUGCUUCCUUUGCAGAUGCAGAGUGCCUCCUGUUGGCUGCCAUGGCAUAUGACCGUUACAUGGCCAUUUGUAACCCAUUGCACUAUCCUGUGCUUAUGUCCCGUAAGGUGUGUGUUUGGCUGGUAGCCGGCUCUUAUCUCAUGGGCAGCAUGAGCUCACUAAUGCACACUUAUUUCACAUUCCGUCUUUCCUUCUGCAAGUCCAAUGUUAUCAAUCAUUUCUUCUGUGACAUCCCUCCUUUGUUAGCCCUCUCUUGCUCUGACACGCACUUCAAUGAACUCCUCCUCUUUGCCCUGUGUGGUUUCAUCCAAACUAGCACUUUCUUGUUCAUCCUGAUCUCCUAUGCCUGUAUUCUUUGCACCAUCUUGAGGAUACACUCUACGGAAGGCCGCCACAAAGCCUUUUCGACAUGCACCUCCCACUUAACAGCUGUCGCUUUGUACUAUGGCACGCUCCUCUUCACCUAUUUGCGGCCAAGCUCCAGCUAUGUUCUGGAUACGGACAAAAUAAUUGCAGUGUUUUAUACCAUCGUUUUCCCCAUGUUGAACCCCUUGAUCUACAGCUUGAGAAAUGAAGAUGUGAAGGACACCCUCAGCAAAAUACGACAAAGAAAAUUGCUGGCACUCAAAAGGACUCAGUGCACUUGA